GAGGCCAGUGCGAAGCCGGGGACCGGGGCGGGCGGGGGGAGACGCGGGAUCCCGGCCGGAAAGAAUCAGCGCUCGGAAGCGAGCCGGCGAGAGAUGAAGUUGCGGACCCUCGGCCGACGAGCCUCCUGAACCGCAGCGGACGUCCCCCGUCCCCCUCCGAGAUGGCUUCCGGGCCGCCGCCGGACGACGACUUCGACGUCUAUCGCAGUCUGUGAGUCUUCCGGACGAGACGACGGGCGGAGGGAGGACCGGCCCCCUUUUCGCCCCCUCGGGAGACUCACCCCGGUUAACCCACUGGACCGCCAGCUCCGUGGGGGCGGGGAACGUGCCGGUUCAAUCGUCGUCAUCGCCCUCUCCCGAGCGCUCGGGACGGUCCUCCGCACACAAGCGGGCGCUCGGUAAAUAGGACUGAACGAACCCCCUAGACACCCAGACUGAGCGCUUUAGGGCUCCCGACCCGCUGAAGGAAAGGCUGUAGCUCCUCGUGGGCGGGGAAGGCGUCCACCGACUCCGUUAAAUUGAAUCCUCCCGAUCGCUCGCGAGUGUUCCAGCUACGGGGACCACCCUCUGGAGAGGUCGGCGGGGUCCGGGGCGCGGGCCCAGGGGGUGACCGGCCUGCGCAAUCUGGGCAACACGUGUUACAUGAACGCCGUCCUGCAGUGCCUCGCCAGCAUCGCGCCUCUGGUGGAGUAUUUCCUCUCCGGGAAGUACGUCACGGCCCUGCACCGGGACCGAGGCGAGGUGGCCACGGCGUUGGCCUACCUGCUGACGGACAUGUGGCUGGGGGAUGCGGAUUGCGUCGCGCCCGAGGUGUUCCGCCUGGCCGUGGGCGACCGCCAUCCCGCCUUCGGGAAGAAGAGCCAACAGGACGCCCAGGAGUUCCUCAUCUUCGUCCUGAACGCGUUGCACGAAGCCCUGAAGAAGCCCCGCAGACGGAAGCCGAGCGAGAAGGCGGCGUCCCGCCGCGGGGGCAAGGCGGCCGCCGGAGAAUCGUCCAUCGUCAGCCAGCUGUUCGAAGGCCAGCUCAGCUACGACGUCGUCUGCCUGAAGUGCGACAGCUGCAGCUACAAGGGCGAGACCUUCACCGUGCUCUCCCUGCCCAUCCCCUCCCACUACCAGUGCUCCCUUCAGGCCGUGAUGGAUUUUGGGCUUCAGGAGAUCACCUGGCUACUAAACAUGAAGGAGUGUCUGGAGCGAUUCUUCCAACAGGACACUCUCCGGUGGAAUAACCAGAUUUACUGCUCCUACUGUGACGCCAAGCAGGACGCGGCGGUGAGGGCCACUGUCGUCAAAGCCCCCAACGUGGUUAUUUUUCAUCUGAAGAGGUUUGAGUGUUACGGGAAAAUGAAAAGGAAACUGAGGACAAAUAUCCGUUACCCCCUCGCCAACCUGGACCUCUCCCCUUACAUCUACCCGCCGUGUCGGAAGCAUCCAAAAUAUAACCUCUGGGCCGUGGUGAACCACUUCGGCGACUUGGACGGCGGCCAUUACACGGCCCUCUGCAAGAACACCGUCACCCAGAGCUGGUUCAGCUUUGACGACACGCGAGUGUGUGAGGUGCCGGAGGCCGCCGUCCAAACGGCGGCCGCCUACCUCCUCUGCUACAGCUGCCAGCCCUUCUCAGUACCCAGCCACGGAUGCUAGGAAGAGGACGUCGGCAGAGACCCGCAGGCCUCGCUUCUCCGAAUCCAGGCGCCACCGGGGUUCGGACAGGAGUAGCCAAGAACUCUUUGGCAUUAAACCCGGUUGCUCGCUCUG